UGGACCAUAUAUAUACUCUUUUUUUCCAAGCAGAUUCAUGAAAGCUUACGUAGUAUUGUAAAGGUACUGCUUCAGUCAAGUUCAUUUUUUCAUAUUCCCCACUCGGCAUUGCCUUCAUGUUCGUCUCUCCUUGUCUUUCCCUUUUCUAUUUCUACUCUUUCAGGCUACUCCUUGUUGAAUUCUAAUCUCUUUACAUCGCACGGUAUUCAACUAAAAUUCGUAAAAUUUAUUCGUUUGAAGAGGACAUUCGUUUUCUCCUUCUCAUUCUCUUUUAUCCUAUAUAUAUAUAGUAUAUAUCCUAUAUAUAUAGGAUAUAUAUUAUAUGCACGAUAUAAAAAUGCCCCGAGCGAAUUUUUCGAAUCUCAUUAUAAGAAUAAGAUAUUAUCAUCGGUAUCAACGUAUCCGAUAAAAAUUUUUUAGAAUUCUGUAAAGUAAAUACAUCCAAUACUCCUUUUUAAUUAUCUCACUGCAUUAUCUUAUCCGGAUUUUUGUCUUUUAUUUCUGAAAAUGACUUAAUUCUUCCAUGCACAUAUUCACAAUUUUCUGUCUGUUCUCCUCGCACGCAGAAUCCACGAAAUCGAAUUACAAACAAACGAUCUUGACAGUAUGGGUAUUACAACUCAUUAGAUAAAAGGCUUUUUCUAUUCUUCCGGAUAAGGGUUUAGAAUCAUAAAAGCCCAUCGAGGACCCUCUUUUUCAACUCCUCAUCAUCCCCUUUAACAUUGGCUUUCCAUGAGUUUUCGUUUUGCGAUUCUACUCGAUUACGCGCUCAGACGUGCGGCCAUUUGAACUUUCUCAUUCGAAAACCAGUCUAAUCUAAGGUUCGCCUCUCACGACGAGGUAAAUAGUAAUUCGAAAAGUGGAUAUACUCAUUUCUCUUCAUCAUUGAACGACUAGCCGCUCCUUCGACCGUUCGAUUCAUCCUUCAGUCCUUGAGAACAUUAUUGAAAGUGAAAUGAAAUAUUACGAGAAAAGUCCUAUACCUCGGUGCCUCCUCAUAAACGAAGGAUAAUUAAAGAUGUUGCUUAUCGAGACAAUUAUAGAUGCUAAAUCCAGUUAUCUCUUUGGGAUUCUUUCAUGUUAAAGCUGGCAAAGCAGAACCCCUAUCAAUAACGUGGAAUGGAUAAUUGCGAAUUAUAUUACGCUAGAAUUUUUCGAAAAGAUUGUUUCAUUAAAACAAAAAUAUAUUUUCUUAUUUUCGAAUUAUCUAUAAAUCAUCGUUCUAUUUAUGUUAUUCAAAAAAAUGACAAGAAAAUAUAUGGCAAACGCAUGACUCUUCUUGACUGAUUACGAUAUCAAUAGAAAGCUUAAUACGACAUUAUCAGACUUAUUUUCAACUUAAAUCUAAUGAGUAAAAAAGAAGAAAAAAAAAGGAACUGUUGUGUCUCUCCAACUAUUUUUAUACGGAUUCCCCGGGUUUAGUCUCCGGAGUCUAGAAGAUUGAAACAAUGGAUACUCUCUACUUUCCCGGCUUUUUAUACGCUCCACUUCCUUAUCUGCCCCGGUAGCUCGCUACGAUAAUAGUCUCUCUUCCAUUAUUGUAAUAGCGUUACAAUGACGUUCAUUAAUUCCCGAAAGCAUAAGUAUAAAAGUCAAAGACAAACCAUGAAAAAGUAAAAAUCGUCAAAAAUAAUAUAAAUACCCAUGAUGUAAAUUACCCAUUAAAUGUCAAGUUAACAGAUAAUCGAAAAGGAAAUAGAUUAUCAAAGAAAUUUAUCUUAAUUCUCAUACACAACUAAAUGUUUAAAACAAAAUUCAUCGAAAAUGUUACUCCAUCAUUGGAGUUAAUACAAAUAUUAUUAGCUGAAAAAUAAUGGAAUAAAUAUAAAACAAAUAAUAUUUGAGCAGCACUAAUGUUAUAAUAAAUGAUUCAAUGGUGGAAAAGGUUGAAACGAGGUCCAAGUGAAAUCUUUUGAGGCACUGGAAUUGGGAUCGUCGACUCAUAUCGUCGUUCACAAAAAGAUUCACCCUCUUUAAGGCGCGCGUCGUCGUUUCUUGCCUGGCAGCGACGGAACCGGUAUGUGACGGGAGGGAUAGAUGUGGUUCCAUUCAUGCUUAUUUCAAGCUCAUUGUGUGCUCAGUGUAUUCAGCCUUUGACUUGCCUCUCGUGUUGCCACUGCAACGACGCUUCAUAGAGCACAAGGGAAGACGGUAGAAAAGAAGAAGGUGGGGAAAAGGAGUGGAAGAAGAUGGGGGUGUUCGACCAGGAGUCAGGAAAUACCGGUGUCACAUUUUCUUCGAUGUUAGCAAGCAUGAACCUCUAAGAAAGCAAAAAAGAAAGAAAGAAAGAAGCUGAAAAGGCAACGAGAACGUCUCUGCAGAUACGUGUACAAUCAGAUUUUGACAGCGGAAUGUACUCAGUUGAAUGGAACUUGGCCUGAUCCCGAUGAUCCACGCUGGAGUAGCGGUGAAUACGGGGAACUUUUGCCGGAAUGGUUUCCAACGAAUGCAACCAAUAUCUCGAUUCCAGGAAAUAUAACAACCCCAAUGUCACUGGAUAUAGCACCUGUUUUACCACCCUUCGAACUCUGGCAAACGGUCCUGAUAGCUAUAUGCCUUGCAAUAUGUAUACUAUUGACAGUGGGUGGUAAUAUUCUUGUAUUAUUGGCAUUUAUCGUCGACAGAGCCAUCAGACAGCCGAGCAACUAUUUCAUUGCAUCGUUAGCUGCCACUGACAUGCUCAUCGGUACAGUCUCAAUGCCAUUCUAUACAGUAUAUGUUCUAAUGGGCUAUUGGAAUCUUGGACCUCUACUCUGCGACCUAUGGCUAUCCGUAGACUACACCGUCUGUCUGGUGUCACAGUACACGGUCCUCUUGAUUACGAUCGAUCGCUUUUGCUCGGUGAAAAUCGCUGCGCAAUAUCGCAGCUGGCGUACAAAAAAUCGUGUCAUUUGGAUGGUGACUAUUACUUGGAUCAUACCGGCACUUCUCUUCUUCAUCAGUAUAUUCGGUUGGGAACACUUCAUCGGUUAUAGGGACCUUAAUCCAGGACAGUGCGCGGUGCAGUUCCUCAAAGAUCCAGUGUUCAAUACCGCGCUUAUAAUCGGUUAUUAUUGGACGACGCUGAUAGUUCUCUUCAUUCUCUACGGAGGAAUUUAUAAAACCGCCUACGACAUGCAAAAGAAGAGCGAAAUGAAGCAGAGGAAAAUGCAAUCGAUGGUGGCGUUGAGUGCCGGUGCCAUGUCCGGAAUGGCUGGUCGUGCAGCUGGUAUAGGUAUGUCAAAGACUCAAAGUACCUUGUUGAGUCAAGACAAACCAAGAGUAAGCUUGUCGGGUGGUCAAGAAGAUAAUACGAUUGGUGCCGAUAGCGGACAAAAGUCGUCUAAAGUUUCGGGAUCUGGUGGAACAGAAGAUGCUGCGGACAAGAUCACAUAUGCCAGUACAAUGCCUACGGAAACUGAAAAAUCUGAACGUUCUAGCAGCCCGGCCUUCGACUCCGACGAAGAAAGUACCGUCGGGCCGUCUCAACAACUGAGUAACAUCAAGAAGCGUUCAUCUCUUGCGGGCCUGGUUGUCCAAUCCGGGGCGCUUCAAGUAUUCGCCACCAACGGUCGAUUAAACGGCAUCGUACCCGUUAAGAUCGAAACAAGCGUACCAACCACGAAAAAAAGCUUACCGACAACGAGUCCGGUCUGUGAAUCUAGCACGAUGACUCAAAAAGGCCAAACACUGCCGAAAAUACAGGAGCUCAGUCUUCUAGAUACCGAUAAUCCUGUCGAGCCAGACAAAUCGAGUAGUCAAACUUUAACCCCAGAACAAUCAUUAAAAUCUAUCGACGUUUACAGUAGUAAACAGGUGACCACGUCGAACGAAGAAACAACACCGCUCGUUCAAAGCCGACAACUUUCACUGAAUAGUUCUCAACAAAAUAUCAUACCUCCACCCACGCAGUUUCAAAGCAGUCCACCGAUAACAGGAAGUCCUUCAACCUCAUCGUCCGGUGACAGACCAAAGUCUUUGGUCGUUCCCAGUCAUGGUCAAGGUACCUUCGACAUUCUAACUGGCCUCGACGGAGCCGACUUGAGGUACAUGGACGAAAGUUCGGUCAUUCUCCCAAGUCCUUCCUACGAAAGCCCACCUUCCUCUUUCUCGUGCAGUUUAGCAAAUCCUCUUUCGACGGCACCAUCAUCGCCUAUUCUCUGUAAUGCUACUUCUACGGCGACUACGACUAGCUUGUUACAAGCCGCGCUCCUCAGAGCAACUCAACAAGCUGGGGCAAAUCAAAUGGCUCCAUCGAGCAAACAGGGUCAACAACAGCAACCGGCUAUGUCGAAUGCCUCGAGUCAAACGCAUCCACCACGUGUCUUUAUUACCCAACAAACAAACGCCGCAUCUCAAACAUCUCCUACAGUGAGCAAAGUGCAUACCGAAGUAACCGUAAAGGCUGAAGACACUAAACGUCAACCAGUCACAACUGUUAUCGGUAAUGCAAAGAUUGUUGAAACAUCCAAUAGUACGACCGAGAGAUUUUCUGAUCAAGCGACUGAAAGAUUCUCUGAUCAAGUCACCAAGAUCAAUAAUAAUCCACCGCAAAAUUCAUCAUCGAGUAGUAUGGUGCCAACAAUUUCUGGUACAGACGGACAAGAGUCUAAGAAACAAUCAAAAAAGAGAGAAACCGAAAAUGAGGAAGAAAGCGGCUCUAGAAGAGACUUCGUCAAAACCAUCGGCAAACGAUUAAAAGCCAAAACUCAAAGAAAUCCGACAAUGGGACGACAAAAGUCAAGGACUGAAAACAGAGCACGUAAAGCCUUCAGAACGAUAUCUUUUAUUCUUGGAGCUUUUGUUGCCUGUUGGACCCCUUAUCACAUUCUAGCUCUCGUCGAAGGCUUUUGUACGAAUCCUCCAUGUACGAAUGAACAUCUCUUUAUGUUCUCCUAUUUCCUUUGCUAUGCAAAUAGUCCAAUGAAUCCCUUCUGCUAUGCCCUGGCCAAUCAACAAUUUAAGAAAACCUUUACGAGAAUACUUAAGGGUGAUCUACACAUGACGUAAAUAAGAAAUCGCGUCGAAUAGGUAAAGUAGUACGUCGUACCUACUUUUGUUUGAGUAUAUGGUAAAUGCUAUAAAAACAAAAAAAAAAAAGAUAAAAAUUAAAUAAAAAUUUGACUCUAAGGCCUUCCAUAACGCGUAUCGAAGUAUUCCCACGUAUCGUAAUUGCGGUGAAAGCGGACAAUAAUCUAGUCAAGCGGCGACUCGUGAAAAAAAAAUCUAUGUACUAUGAGCUUCGUGUAUAUAGAAGAAAACACUUUUUGUUGACAUUGUUCGACAUCUAUAUUCAGAUGUACAUAUUGUAUAUGUGUGAAUACUUGUUAAAAUUUGUGUUACAAAAAAAAAAUAGAAAAACAUGCUGAAAUCGUAUCACGUAACGUAGUUUUUAGAGAAGUAAUUAUCGUGUCUCAUAUCAAUUAAAGAUAAUAAUUAAUUAAACCGUCGGUGGGCAUUCAGCGUAAGCUCGAAAAUAUCAACUUUGCUGUUAAAGAACGACGAUGUGCUUUGAAGGCACAACCGAACGGAACGAAAGGUAUAGCUACAUAAUUACAAUUAUUUCUCAAUAAAGACUGUACAGAAGAACGUCAAUAUAUUUGCGAUGUUCCCUUUGUCGUGAGAUUAAAUAUUCUGAGAAGAGAAAGUACUUUAAACGCGAACCUAUUCUGCGAAGCAAAUCAAUUGACUUUUUCAUUCUUAAAUACAUUUUUUAACGCGACCUGUCCAUUUCUGAAAAUAAGAUCAAUAUCCUAAUUAGAACGGUGGAAAAUCUUGAGGUGAAAAUGCUACACAUUAGAUGAUAGAUUAUAUUUAACGAGUCUCUUUAAUGUAUGUUUAAUAAGCUUGAUUAACAAGAAAAAAAAAAUAUAUAUAUAUAUCGAACGAUGCUUCGUUCGCCACAUGAAAGACAAAAAGUGAAGAAAUGCUUGAAAUAAUUAUUAUAGAAUAUUAUAUGGACUUUAGUGAUGUUCUAUGCGUACAAUUCUAUCUUGACCGAUCAGACUUCAAAUCUAAAACUUAAAAAUGAAAAAUAUUAUUCAAUUGCUGCACGCAUUUAUUAGCAGAGGAAGUAAAGAAAAAAAAAAAAACUGUUAAAAUUUCUCGAUGACACGCGACUCUUUUUUACGAGCAACGAACUGAGUUAGAACAGCUUGUUUCGAGAAAAUAUCGGAUGUUCGAGAAUUUUAUCGUGGAACCAUAUUGGAUCCAGAUACACACUGCCCUGGGGUGGCCUAUCAAUGCUUAGGCCUUUUUCUCUGACCUUUCUCGAAUAUAAUAUUUUACUCGGGACGAGCGAUCGUUCGUACUUCGAUGUGAUCGAUAAUUAUGCUACUUAUUCAAUCAUUAGUACCGCUUUUGUUACUUUUUUAAAUUUCUUUUUUUCCUUUUCUGUCUUAUUCUAUGAGCUUCAAAAUGAUCGAUCAUUUUUAUUUUUACAAAAUAUACAAAAUUGAUUUAUUUAACAGGGGAAGAAUUGAAAAAAAAGUUAUGCUUAAUCAGUUUAUAAUUCUUUUCUUCCUUUUUUCUUUGUAAAUUUUUAAUUUUUAAUUUUUAUAAUUCAAAUAUUAGCGACUAAAGUGAUCUCCUUCCGAAAAUUAAAUGCUAAGAUAAGCUACGUUGUUAUAUGUGUAACUGCUUGUAUAAAUACUUCCAAAAUUCUAUGAAGUUCAAGAAAUACUAAUAAUACGGUAUGUGUCGAUAAAGCUUAUAUACUGUUACGCAUUGACAUUUAAUUAAACAAGAAUACAAAUGUGAACGCAAACACAAAUGUGUGGAUGCGUGGAUGCGCGAUAUGCGCUAUAAGCACAAUAAGCGCAAAGUAAGCAUAGAUCGGUAAAUUUACAGAUACGUGGAUUCAUAGAUGCACAGUUGAAUGAAUAAAUGGAUGUGCGUAUGCAUGUAUAUGUAUAUAUGUAUAUAUAUAUAUAUAUAUAUAUAUAUAUAUAUAUAUAUAUAUAUAUAUAUAUCUGUGUGUAUAUAUGAUUCACACUUUAUUGUACUUAAUGUAUUCAUUAAGUAUCGGAGAAGCAAAUAAUUAUCGUUAAAUUGUUAUAUUCAUACCGAGUGGAAUGCACUAACAAAUUUUUGGCACUUUGGACAACUUCCAAAAUUCACUGCCAAUCUCAAAAGUCAUUUCUUCUUUGCGAUUAUUCUCGAAAUAAUCUAAUACACAUUUUCUCGAUAGACGUCACUUUAAGCCAAAAGAAAUAUCAUUGUAUCGUGACUUAAAUAUCUGUAUCGAAAAUACCUCAUAAAAAAUCGCUUCCUUAUCUUCCGUUUUUCACUCGAUACCUAACAAGAAUUCUACUUUAUGAAAUAUCGAAUAAAAUUAUCGCUUCUUGUACAAAAAUAAAUCACAAGGGAUAUAACGUUGUUUCGACGUUAUGCGAUGUAAUUAGUACUUGUAUAGAAAAAAAAAAGUCUGUAUGUACUACGUAGUAUUUAUCGAUAUCGGGGCAAUAUGUAGAAAAUAAAUAAUAGCUAUAAUAGUAUGAUUUUAAGAUUGUCCUAAGGACGAUUCACACGAAAUAAUACAUCACAUAAAAGCCUAUGUAUAAUAUUUAAAUUCUGACGAUCGAGAAACUCGAGUUUACGUACGUAGUAUUAUUAAUUACGAUGAUGCUUUUUUUACAUAUAAAGCAGAUAAAUUAGGUAUUUAUUGUAAAAAAGAAAAUGAAGAAAAAAAGAAAAGAAAAGAAGAUGCGCUGUUAACCGAGAAAAACAUGGCACAUACUCAAUAUUAGAAAUUGUGACUGGGAUAUCUUAGAAGAUUCAACAUGUUUCUAUUUUUCGCUUAAGAAAUGCUCCAUCUCGCAUUCACACUUCUCAUUCAUCUCGAAACAAAUGUUCUCUACCUCAAGACAAGAUACAUAAUAAGGAAGACAAAGAGCUAUAAGUCGAUUUCGACUCUAAGGCAAUUCUGAUUGCAUAUCAAAGAACGGUUAAAUAUGUAUUUUGAUUCAUACGGCGAAAGAUAUUAUUUCUUUAUAAAUGACUCAUUAUUAAUAUUUCUUCAAAAUAAAGAGGAUGGAGAAUUAAUAAAAAAAAAAAAUCGAGAGCAAGAACAUUGAUCGUUCCACGGCGCAUAUAAGUAAGCGAUAAACAUCGUUAAUUCAUUUUCCAAUUUGGCCUAACGAUACGGAAACUUGUUUCCAUGCUAAUGAACUAAAGUAUAACUUAAUUAAUAAGUUAGCUGCUCGAAAGAUACCUAUUAUGAUAAAUUUAAAAAACGAAAUUUUACGGUAUAAAGUGUAUAGAAAAUCGUUUCUAUUGUAUUUUACUUGAGAUUUAAUAAUUUAAAGGGACAGUCGAUGCUAUUAUAAAUUUGAAUACUGUUUGUGAACUUAGGAACAUUUACAAGGAAAAUUAUUAGCUCGUUAAAAAAAAAAAUAAAAAGAAAAAUAAAAAGAAAGGAAAGUACAGAAAAAAAAUAUGAUUACAACAAUUACGUUGUAAUUUUCUAAAGUCUCCUGAUUAAUACGUGGGAUCAACAAAGGAAACACAUUAUCAUUAAAUUCUAGACAAUACCGUUUGCGCGUGCUCUCGCUUGACAAUCUCUACUUCACUGACCCUUAAAGGUUAUUAAUAUAAUCGACAUGUUUUUUUUUACAUAGAGCACUACUUCGUAUUUUUAUGUUUUAUUUCGCGCUUAAUUUCUUCAACUAUAAAUAGUAAAAUUCUAUCGUUAAUACGCAAAUAGAGCUGUGCACAUGUAUAAAAUAACCUUGAAGGGUCACGUGUGUAAAAAUCAGAACAUUUAUGGCAAACGUAAUGUCCUCCGAUAUAAUAUAUAAAUAUAUAUAUAUAUAUAUAUAUAUAUAUAUAUAUAUAUGAAAAAAUUAGAAAGAAAUGUAUAUGUAUUAAUGACAAAAUGUCACAUAAAUAUAAGAUCUGUUGCUUGAUUGUGAAAAUAAAUAUUUAGUAUCCGAUGCGAUGUAGUUAAUCGAUGAGAACCUAUACAAAUCAAUGAAACUUACUGUCAGAGGAAGUUACUGUUUAUUUAAAAUAUCCACAUAAUUACAGACGAGGUGAAAGUACAAUAAAACAACUUUGCGCUCUAAGAAUCGAAUGAUCGUCCUAUAAAAAAAAGUGUUAAAGUUAUUAUAAUCAUAUUCGUCGAUUGAACAUCUGUCUACAAAUAUUGACAUACGUUUUAAAUUAAGAGCGCAUAAAAAUUAAUUGUUUCCGUCAUUGAAGAUCCUUCUUUACUGUCCGCAAACAUGUCUACAUUUGGAUGUCCUUGGAAUAUCUUCAAGCCAAUGUUCAUCUGAAGAAAAAGAAAAAAAGAAAAAAAAUAUUUGUCGUACGCAAUUAUAAAUGCUUCAUUUCAUGUAGGCAAAUCUAAUAAAAAUUAAUGUGAAUAUAAAAGAAAAAACUCGAUAAUCAUCACCAUGGCAUAGAUAGAUGAAUAAACUAGAGAGAAUUUUUUUUAUUUUUAGCUCGGUAUACAAUUAUAUGCAAAUUUAGAUUUAAUUGAUAUGUUUAGAUAUCGGAGUAUGUAAGCAAAGAUGCGUAUAAAAUAAAAUAAAUUAAUAAUGUGAUAUAAUUA